CGCAACUUCCUCUUCCUCCACCGUCCGCCCCACUCCCCACUUCCCGCCGCCGCUCUACGCCUCUUUACAUCUCUUUUACACACAGUCACACAGUAAAACGAGCCCAAACUCACAUGCUAUAUCUUUUUCUGAAACCCAACAAUCUUCCCGAAGUCCAAUUACUAUAGAAAUCCAAGAGCAAACUAGAAGAGAUAAUGGUGGGACGGUCAUGUUUAGCAGGGAUGGAGGUCCCAAUAAUCGGCAGCGAUUCUAUCAAGUGGUUUCAAGUUUCAGUUCCGUCUAAUUCAUCUUCUUCGGCUUCUUCGACAUCCGCUCCUGCUACUACUCUCAGUAGAGACUUCGCGUCCUGUUCUGCUAUUGGAAAUCCUCCUACUUAUCUCAUUUGGAAAACUAGCAAGGGUCAGCCAAAUGUUCUUGAAAUAUUAGAGGUUUAUGGUGACAAAGAAUUCCCAAAGAUUGGACUGCAGAUUUCAUUUCCGGACGCCCUCUUUCCAUUUGUUUAUAUACAACAGGAUGAGAGCAAUUUUGGUUCCGAGAAAACUUACUUGCUUUAUACCGUGACGGUUAAUGGUGUUGCCUUCCUUGUAAAACUCAAAGGACUUCACAAAUAUGCUUCUUCCUCAGUUGUUGCAUCCAAUGAGGUUGUCGAGUAUAAUACACAAGCUAAUCCACAAUGCGGAGUCAUAACAGCAGCAGCAGCUUCUUCCAGAUGUCUCAUAGUUGGGAGAAAUGAUGGAUCUAUUGGUUGUUUUCAACUUGGCUUGCUCGAUGCUACAGCUCCAGGCUUCAUGUGGGAGCUACGGGAUGAUGCUGGUUUUGGGCGAUUGUGGGGUAUAGUAUCAAGGAGCAGGAUUUCAGCUCCUGUGCAGGAUUUGGCAGUUGUAGAGGUGCACCAGAGAAAGCUUAUUUUUGUGCUUCAUUCUGAUGGGAUCUUUCGAGCUUGGGACCUUGCAAACCGGAGCAAAAUUUUCAGUCAUGCUAUUACUGUUCCAACAGUUACAGGAACUAUAUUUCUCAAAUUAUGGGUGGGUGAUGAUAACAGGGCAAUGAAUAUAAUUCCGUUGGCAAUUCUACAUAAGAAUAGUAUGGAAGUUGAGAUGAUAUCUUUUUAUGGCCUUAAUUUGGGUUUUGGGGACAAGAUGAUUUUCACACUAGAACCUUUGAUAACAGACAUCACUCUAGAAGAGGGUGGACCUGUUGAUGUCAUACUUACUUCAGACAAAGUUUGGAUACUAAAAGAAGAUGGAUUGCUCAUGCAGGAGCUAUUCUGCCAAAAAGAGGCAGUCACACAUUCAUACGGCUUGCAAGAAGCAUUUGUAGCUGAUCAGCUGUUUCAGAGUUCUGAACAUUUUGCAGAUGAAAUCCUUUGGCUAGCCCAUACAGUUUUUUCAUCUUCAAAGGUGCUUUAAAAUAAUGGCUUUCUGGAUAUAGUUC